UUCUUGUUUCCCAUCAUGCUCAGCGAACAUCACCACCAAGAUGGCCGACGCUAUGGAGGAAUAUGAGAAAGAAGCUGGCUGCGUCCCUAUUCUCCAUCCCGAGGAAAUCAAACCCCAGAGUCAUUACAACCACGGCUACAGUGAGAAUGUCAGCCGUAAAAACCACGUGGACGACUACAGCACCUGGGACAUCGUCAAAGCCACACAGUACGGCAUCUUCGAGCGCUGCAGGGAGUUGGUGGAGGCGGGCUUCGAUGUCCGGCAGCCAGACAAAGAAAACGUAACUCUCCUCCAUUGGGCCGCCAUCAACAACAGGAUAGAUUUGGUGAAGUACUACAUAUCAAAAGGAGGCGUCGUCGACCAGCUGGGAGGAGACCUGAACUCCACACCUCUGCACUGGGCCACCAGACAAGGCCAUCUGUCCAUGGUGGUGCAGCUCAUGAAGUACGGCUCAGACCCGUCUUUGAUCGACGGCGAGGGCUGCAGCUGCGUUCAUCUGGCCGCCCAGUUCGGCCACACCUCCAUCGUGGCUUACCUCAUCGCUAAAGGACAGGAUGUGGACAUGAUGGAUCAGAAUGGCAUGACUCCUCUGAUGUGGGCAGCUUACAGGACACACAGUGUGGAUCCCACCCGGCUGCUCCUGACCUUCAACGUGUCCGUCAAUCUGGGAGACAAAUAUCACAAGAACACGGCGCUGCACUGGGCCGUGCUGGCCGGCAACACCACGGUCAUCAGCCUGCUGCUGGACGCCAACGCUAACGUCGACGCUCAGAACAUCAAGGGGGAAACUCCACUCGAUCUGGCCAAGCAGAGGAAGAACGUUUGGAUGAUCAAUCACUUACAGGAAGCGUGGCAGGCCAAAGGCUACGACAGCCCGUCCUACCUGAAGAGACUGAAGAUGGACAAGGAGUUCAGGCAGAAGGUGAUGUUGGGAACUCCCUUCCUGGUCAUCUGGUUAGUCGGCUUCAUCGCUGACCUGGACAUUGACUCCUGGUUAAUCAAAGGUCUGAUGUACGCCGGCGUCUGGAUCACCGUGCAGUUCCUCUCCAAGGCUUUCUUCGACCACUCCAUGCACAGCGCGCUCCCUCUGGGGAUCUAUCUGGCCACCAAGUUCUGGAUGUACGCCACCUGGUUCUACUGGUUCUGGAACGAUCUCCCCUUCGUCACCGUGCACCUGCCCUUCCUGCUGAACACUCUGGCUCUGUUCUACAACUUUGGCAAAUCCUGGAAGUCUGAUCCAGGAAUUAUCAAAGCGUCAGAGGAGCAGAAGAAAAAGACUAUUGUGGAGCUGGCAGAGACGGGCAGCCUGGACCUGAGCAUAUUCUGCAGCACCUGCUUGAUACGGAAGCCCAUCAGGUCCAAACACUGCGCCGUGUGCAACCGCUGCAUCGCCAAGUUCGACCACCACUGCCCCUGGGUGGGGAACUGUGUCGGAAGUGGAAACCACCGUUACUUCAUGGGUUAUCUUUUCUUCCUGCUCUGCAUGAUCUGCUGGAUGAUCUACGGCUGCAUCUGCUACUGGAGGAUCCACUGUGCCACCAGUUACGCCAAGGAUGGUUUCUGGCUCUACCUGACCCAGAUCGCCUCCUGCUCUCCCUGGAUGUUCUGGAUGUUCCUCAACAGCAUCUUCCACUUCAUGUGGGUGGCCGUGCUCAUCAUGUGUCAGCUCUACCAGAUCGCAGCGCUGGGAAUCACCACCAACGAGAGGAUGAACGCGCGGAGAUACAAGCACUUUAAAGUCACGGCCACGUCCAUCGAAAGCCCCUUCAACCACGGCUGCAUCAGAAACCUCAUAGAUUUCUUCGAGAUCCGCUGCUGCGGCCUGAUCCGGCCCGUGGCGGUGGACUGGACCACGCAGUACACAAUAGAAUACGACCAGACGUCUGGCUCGGGCUACCAGCUGGUGUAGAGGACGAAGCUGAGGAGGAAGACGCGGGGGGGGGGGGGGCGGCAGGGGGGAGUCUAGUGUCGCCGGGUGGAAGUCAUUUUGGAAGGAUUUCCCUCCCUAACCCCCCCUCCCCCACCCGGAGUUCAUAUCGGAGCGAUGCUGUUCUCGGAGCGCUUGCUUGUUUGGACCAUCUCUCCCUCACCGAUCAAAAUACUUAGAAAAAAAAUCAGCCAAGACUAGCAUGCUGUUACGGGGCAACACCACACCUACACCCCCCCUCCUCCCCCACACCUUUACUACUAUUACAACUACUACUAUUGUACAACAUCAGACGUCAUUACUGUACCUCCACUGCUCCCCC